AAUAUUUUAGGCUAAAUAUUUAGGUAUAUUUGACUUGAAUUUUGAAGAUCAUUUUUGAUUAGAAGUUCAAAAUUUUGAAUUUCUUAUCAAAUGUGAAAUUUAGAUUUCAUUAUUUUAAAAUUUCGAUUGAUAGAAACGUCUUUAUCAAGACUUCAUUAAUUGAAUUUUAAAAUAUUACAAAAACAAAAAAACCAAUCCAGAUAAAAUUAAAGAUUUUAAAGAUCUUAAACUUUUUAAGCUUAACAUCACUAAGAAUAUUUAUUAUAGAUUCCUGAAGAAGGUUGUAAUCACAACCGAAACGUCGAAGAAAAAUUAGGAUAAAUGAAUUUGACCUAAAGCCCACAUAGGAGUUAAUAUUAUAUAUUAAAGAAGGUCACGAAGAUAGAAAUAAUUUGUAUUACGGAGGGCACGCCGUAUUUAAACUUUCAAAAUGAAUUUUUAUGAAUAUGUAAGAAACACAUACGGAUUUCAAGUAUGUUCAGAUUUAAAAAGUUUUAGCAAGAUAGGGGUAAGUAAUAUUAAACAUAAAAAUACUUUAGUUUUUCUUCUAAAAUGUAGGGAAUUUGGUUUAAUUCCUGAAUUUAUUCAGAAUUCAACAAAAAAUGUUUCAAUGUUGUUCGAUUUUGAGAAUGGAGAAUGUGAUAGAGGUUUAAAUAAAAAACUUUCUUCAACAUCAAGAAAAUAUCAUUCAAAAUUACUCAAUAUGGCAAUUUCAUUGAAACAAUCGCAAAUCAAAAAUCAAAAUAGAUUAUUAGUGGUCUUAGAAAGUAAAAUUAAACGCGUAUUAUUAGAAAAUGAAUACAGUUAUUUCUUCAGGAGCCAAGAAAUAACAAAAACCAAAAUAAAUGAUAGUACAAAAUUUUCCAAAAAGAGAAAGCUUGGUCAUUAAAAUUUAAAGCUAGACAAGAAAUGAGGAUCAAUUUUAAAGAAAAUUGGUUCGUCAAUAAAACACAGGUAGAAUUCCCAGAGGACACAAAAUGGCUUUUAUCUUUAGGACCAAAAUUUGCGUUACCUAUUAAAAAAGAAAACAUACCAAUAUUUAAAAUGAUUGCCGAUGGAGAAGAGUUAAUAAAAAGUAAAGAACAAAAUGAACAAGAACCUGCACGUUCAUGUUUUACGCAAAUAUUACAGAAUUAUAUGCGAUUUGUAUCAAUUCCUUAUUUGGAUAAAUAUUUGAAUAAAAUAUUUAGUGAUACAAAAAAGUUCUUAAAACGACACCCAGAAAUUUUGAUUGUCCCAGCUGAUAAAGGCAAUGUUACGGUAGCUAUGCUAAGAGAAAAUUAUUUUGAUAAAAUGAAAGAUAUGAUGGCUGAUAGGAAUACUUAUACAAUUUUAAGAAACGACCCAACAAAUAAAGUCCAAAAUAUUAAUAACAACCAUGUUAAAUUCUUGUUCAGAAAUAAUUAUACUAAUGAAUAUGAAAAGAAAUGUAUGACGACUUAUACAGCUAAAAGUCCAAAAAUUUACGGAUUGCCAAAAAUCCAUAAACAGAAUGUACCAUUAAGGCCAAUUUGUUCAUCGCUAAAAGUCCCAUGUUAUGAGUUGUCUAAAUACAUUGUUAAGGUUUUAAAUAAUAUAACUGUUGACUCAAAAUACAAUGUUAAGAACGCAUCAUCGUUUAUUUCAACUAUUUCACCAAUCAUUUUAGAACAAGAUAAUAUUCUUGUUUCUUUUGACGUUAUUUCGUUAUUUACUAACAUUCCUAUCCCAUUGGUUCUAGAAUUGGUUGAAAAAAGUUGGGAUAAAAUUAAAGAUCAUACCAGAAUUCCAAAAUUAAAAUUUUUAGAAAUCUUAAGAUUUAGUGUUAUAGAUAAUAAUUAUUUAGAAUUUGAUAAAAUUUUUUAUCAACAAAAACAAGGAGUUCCGAUGGGAAGUCCAGCUUCUCCAAUAUUAGCAGAUAUUGUAAUGGAAGCAUUAUUAGAUAAUGUUUUUGAAAAAAUUCCUUAUAAGCCUAAAAUAAUUACAAAAUAUGUUGAUGAUAUUUUUAUCAUCCUAAAAUCUUGUCAUGUUGAUUCAACUCUAACUGCUUUAAACUCGUUUCAUCCGAAAAUUCAGUUUACAGUUGAGUUUGAAAAUAAUGGAAAACUUCCAUAUCUGGAUGUGUUAGUAAUAAGAAGAAAUAAUAGGUUAAUAUUUGAUUGGUACAAAAAACCAACAUCUUCAGGUCGUCUUAUUAAUUUUAAUUCUAAACAGCCUAAACAAGUUAUUAUCAAUACAGCAAAAAAAUUUGUUAAUAGAGUUUUAGAUAUCAGUGACAUUGUCUUUCGUCAAAAAAACAUACAAAUAAUUAUGGAUACGUUACUUUCCAAUUCAUUUCCUUUAAAUAUAAUAAAAACAUUACUGAAUCAAUAUUUCAAUCCAUUGGUUUAGAUAAAUUCAGUAGCAAAUGUUACUCCAUUUUCAUACAAAAGUAUUGUAUACAUUCCAAAUCUUUCCAAUAGAAUGUUAAAUGCUCCAAUAAGAAAUAAAGAUAAUGUUCGUAUAGCUUUCAAAUCGGCAAAUAUCCUAAGAAGUUCAUUGUUUUCGAAUUUAAAAGGUGAACUUAAUAAAAAUGAAAAAUCAAAUAUUGUCUACAAGAUAAAAUGCUUAGGUGAUGGAAUAAUAAAUUGUCCUUCCGUUUAUGUAGGAACGUCUAUGCAAAAACUUAAAAAUCGUUUAGCUGGUCAUAGAUCAGAUAUUAAUAGCGGACAUUCACAUAAGACAGCAUUAGCUUUGCAUUGCAUAGAUGAAGGACAUAGACCAGAUUUCAAUAACGUUGAUAUUAUACAGACAGAAAAACACUAUAGCAAACGUAUGUUACUAGAAAUGUUACAUAUUUUAAAUACAGAUAAUACGGUUAAUAGGAGAUCUGAUUGCGAAGGGUUGAGCAAUAUUUAUAGUCAGUUUGUGCAUAGAAAUAUUUUAGGCUAAAUAUUUAGGUAUAUUUGACUUGAAUUUUGAAGAUCAUUUUUGAUUAGAAGUUCAAAAUUUUGAAUUUCUUAUCAAAUGUGAAAUUUAGAUUUCAUUAUUUUAAAAUUUCGAUUGAUAGAAACGUCUUUAUCAAGACUUCAUUAAUUGAAUUUUAAAAUAUUACAAAAACAAAAAAACCAAUCCAGAUAAAAUUAAAGAUUUUAAAGAUCUUAAACUUUUUAAGCUUAACAUCGUAAGUAUAGAUUUUUAUUUUCUUUUUAAUUAUUAUAUUUUAGACUAAGAAUAUUUAUUAUAGAUUCCUGAAGAAGGUUGUAAUCACAACCGAAACGUCGAAGAAAAAUUAGGAUAAAUGAAUUUGACCUAAAGCCCACAUAGGAGUUAAUAUUAUGAUAAACUUAAUAUACUUUUUCUUCAACGUGUCGUUAGUGGAGCGGUCAAGAUAGAAAAGUUUCUUAUAAACCUCCUAUACCACACAGCUAGACCCAGUAACCUUCGAACUUACCUUGAAUUUUUCGGCAUGGGAAAAUUCGCUUCUACCUUGGCGGGAUCUGUUUCCGAAUUCCUACCACCAACGAUGAAACCCAAAUAUUUGAGCUCUUUAAAGCUAAAUUUGGAUUUCUUAACGUGAGAUUUGCCUUUCUCAUACAUUCGGCUACCUCGUACAGCGAUAUGAAUCUCGAAAUCGGGCGCAACGUUAAGCAGAUCAUCGAGAUACACGAAGACUCGGUCUCAAAGUCAUGCAGAGACAACCUUGUCCAUUAAGCGGCAUAACUUUUGGGCCGCAUUGCACAACCCAAAUGGCAUGACCGUGAACUGGUACAAGGAUCUCCCCGGUACCGCAAACGCUGUUUUCUCCCUUCUCUCCUUCUCCAGCGGUAUCUGCCAACAGGCUUCUUUUAAGUCUACACUUCUUAUAUUGUAAGUGUCUGAUAGACGGCUGAUAAGCCCUUUAACAUGAGGAAGCGGGCAUGCGUCUUUUUUGGUCACUCCGUUGACCUUACGAGAAUCCAAGCAAAAACGAUACUUUAUCGUAUUAUCUGGGCCUGGCUUCUUAAUAAGGAAAACGGGCAAGCACCAAGGACGCGGUCUCGGUGUUCCGCCAUUGCCGUUUUUCCUAUCCCAUGUUGGUCAAAGUCAAGAAACUUCUUCUUGACCGCUUCCAAACGUACCCGCUGUUGUUCCGUUAAAUUAUGAGCAUUGAGUAGUUCCGCGUCAUUCUCCAGAAUCGAUACUGAGCUUACUAUGUUUGGGGCUAGUUGGAACAUCCUCCAGAAAUCGACCCCCAAGUAUAAUUCUUGGUCCAAACUAGGAACCAAAUAAAGAGUGUUCGUUUUCUUGUGGUAUUUAUAUUCUAUUUCAGUUCGAACCUUUCCAACAAUGGCUUGACGGUUUUGACCCCCGAUGUAUAAAGUUGUACUAAUAGGUUGUUUGCCUCUACAAAUUUCUUACAGUCUCUACCCAGAAUGCUCACGCUAGCCCCAAUGUCCAAUAAACCUAGCAGUUGUUUAUGGACUACUACAACCUUAGCGUAGGGCCUGGGAUCAGUACUCUUUUCUACUACCGUGGACAAUAUGUUUUUUUACGCGUUUCUUUCCUAAUUCUAAAUCUCUCUCUUGCCAUCUCUAUACGCUUGGAUAGUGUAUAAGCUUUUCCUUGAAAAAUCUUACUUCUAGCCUCAUAAUAUUCUUUUAAUCUUAUAUGAAGUGGCUUAACCACUGAAAAUUUCGGGAUCUUUUCAUCAAUUACUCUGUCUUUUUCUUUAAUUAAAAUUCUUAUAUUGUGUUGUUUGCCGUUUGCUGGAAAGCUUCUAGCUGCUCUUCGGAGUACUGCCUCGUAUUCUAUAUCGAGCACGUGAGCCACAUACCUGCCAGAAGGCUGAGGUCGUGGAUGUUUAUGGGCUUCUCUAUCCUUCAUCGGAAAUGCAUAUUCUGCUUCUUUACAUACAAGUCUUAGUUGGUCCACACCACAGUAUUCACUGGUUGAGCAUACACAAGCCUUCCGCUCCGGUCGUUCAUGUUUUUCUUCAAGAUCCGAACAAGUUCUAUUUCGGGUAUAGGUGCUCAGAGCUGCGAUCUCAACUUAAAAUAUCGGAUUGUGGGUUUUGUAAAACGUUCCCUGAGGGAAUCCUGUCUGAGGUACCCCACUAUUAUAGUCGUUUCCUUCCCUUCGUGCAGGAAUGGGAUCAACCCUCGGACCCCCCAUUGGUUGAACCUGUUGCAUGAACAGGACUUGCUGGACCUGGCUUGUGAAGGUCGGAGUCACUUGCGGUGGGGGCGGCUGAUUCACUGGUGGGUGGUUUACUGCCCUUCGGGUUGUUGCCUCUGUAGGUGGUGUUGUACGGUUACAGCUGUCGGACUCUUUCAUAAGUUGUCUGACCCCUCGUUCGACUUCCGUCCGAAUAUAUUCGCUAAUGCUCUCUCUCUUAGAGUCUAUAAAUGCAUCCCGAACGCUGUGUCAAUGCUGUGUAAAUAUUUAAACCAAAAAUUAAAAAAUUUUUUGUUUAAUUUAAUGUUUUGUGAAACACUGUUUUUUGCACACUUUUUCGACUUCAAAUUACAUAGAAAAAAAAGAUUCCUUCGUAAUCAAACCAAGCUCAGCUGAUUCAAAAUCCUUAUAUACUUCUUAAAAAAUUAAAAAGCUCAGCUACGUCAUUUUGCAUCCAACUGAGCUAGAGCGAUUUGAUUUGA